AUGAAAAAUUCAAAUGAUAAUAUUUUUUCAACCAAAGAGAAAUACGCAGUAUUUAUUACACACCUUCCAAAAGAGGCUCCACCAGAUGGUGUAAUACGGUGGGUAAAAGAUAUAGUUUCUCGUCGAUAUAGUAAAGAAAUUAAUAUUUCAAACAAAAUAUAUCUAGGCGACGGAAUAACAUUCACAGUUGACGAUCAAUUUCAAUUUGAAAUGAUAUUAUUGAUGAAUGGAUCUACAAUGCAUGAUAUUCCAAUUUGGAUUCUAAAAUUACCUUGCGAAAUGACAUUAUUAGCUACAACAUUUAGACAAAUCUUUGAAAAGUCAAUUUCUGGAACUUCACUUGAUUUUAGUAAUCUUGCGGCCAAGUUUUUAAGUGUUCAAGCAAAUUCCGAAAAUAUUGACUUCUCUUCCCGCUGGUUUGUCGAAUAUAUGUUUUACAGAAUCGCAGUCGAAGCCGAAGAGCGUAAAACAAAAAUAGUUUCUUUAAAUUUAAGUUCAAAUAAAAUUAAUAACGUGAAAACAUGGAAUCCUUAUUAUAAAUUCUUACCAGAUCUAUCAGAAAUAUACUUCAACAACAAUAUAUUUACAGAACAACCCGAUAAUACCGGUUUAAACAUCAAUUUUAUCACAAAUCUUCCAAGUACAUCAACAGCUGUUAAUUACGCACCGUCAUCUGGCUCAAAGCCAGUAAAGAAGUGGGAUUCGCAUAAUACUUUUAAUAAAAAACCACAAAAGAAUAUUAAAGAUGAUUGGAAUGCUCCAGAUAAUGUAAAUGUGCAAGAAAACAAUUGGGGAGAUGACAAUGACUCAUGGGGAUUCAAUGGAAACAAGCCAAAUAAGCAAAAUAAGACUUUUGAUUCGAACAAACAGGGAUGGCCAGGAAUUAGCCAGGGAUGGGGUCAAAACCAGAAUCAGAAUUGGGGACAGAAUUCAAACUGGUCACAGCCAGGUCAAGAUCAAGGGUGGGGACAAGAUCCAAACCAAAAUUCCGGCUGGGGACAGAAUCAGAACCAAAACUCUGGUUGGGGACAAAACCAGAAUCAAAGCCAAGGCUGGAACCAAAAUUCAAACCAAAAUUGGGGGCAAAAUCAGAACCAGAUUCAAAAUUGGAACUCAAACCAGAACCAAUUCCAAAACCAAAACACGGGAUGGGGCUCAAACCAAGGUUGGGGUAACCAGAAUUCAUUUCAGAACCAAAAUCAAAACCAAGGCUGGAAUACAAAUCAGUAUCAAGGAUGGAAUGCUCCAAAUCAAAAUACUAACCAGGGAUGGCCCAAUCAAAACCAAAACAUGAACCAAAAUUGGCCUUCGAACCAAAGUUUUAACUCAAAUCCAAAUCAAACCCAAGGCUGGGGACCGAAUCCAAGCCAGAACCAAAAUUGGGGCCAGACACAAAAUCAAGGCUGGAAUUCCAACCAAAGCCAAGGCUGGGGACCAAAUCAAAAUCAGAAUCAGGGCUGGGACAACAACCAAUCCCAAAAUCAAAGAUGGGGAUCAAACCAGAAUCAAAACCAAGGCUGGGGGUCCAAUCAGAACCAAAACUGGAAUUCAAAUCCAAAUUCAGGUUGGGGAGCCGACCAAAAUCAGAACCAAGGCUGGAAUUCCAAUCCGAACCAGAGCCAGAAUCAAGGCUGGGGAUCAAAUCAGAGCCAAAACUGGAAUUCUGGUCAAAGUUCGAAUUCUGGCUGGAAUCAACCAAAUCAGAACCAAGGCCCAAGUUCUGGGUGGGGCCAAAGUUUCUCUCCUCCUCCGACAAAUUUGCCUUCAGCAACUCCAGUCAACGUUUCUGGGACUUUAUUCGGAAACAAUCCUCCUCCAACACAACCAGCUGAUCCUUCUAUGCUGCCACAAAGCGUUGACCCUUCAACUAUUCCUGAAGUAGAACCAAUCUUUUCAUAA